CGCCGCCUGCGAUGAGCCGCUUGGGACGAGCCGCGCAGGUGGCCGAGGGAGCUCUAGGAGGACUCGUCUGCCGGCGGCUUCCCAGGCUCUUCCUUCCCGCAACGGAUGAAGCGCGGGCGCCGUUAGGUCACAGAAGCGCUCCGACUUCGCCGCUCAACGAAACCGACCCCACCAUCAUGGCUGCCAAGACCACCCGCCCUUCUCUCCGCGCGGGAGGCGAGCCUCUCUGCGCAUGCUCCGCAGAUUUCCUUCAUCAGAAGUCUAGCGAGAAAAGGGGCUUGCCGAGUUGCUGCGGCGGGAAAAGAACAAUGGUAGUAACCUCUCUGUACUCGAUCGUUGCUGUGUCCAACAACAUGGGCAUCGGAAAAGACGGAAAGCUUCCUUGGCCUCCGCUCAGGAAAGCAAAAUGUGGUCAUAAUGGGUAGGAAGACUUGGUUCUCCAUCCCUGAGGAAAAUCGCCCUUUAAAAAACAGAAUUAAUAUAGUACUAAGUAAAGAACUGAAGAAGCAAUGGAGGUGCCAACCCAUCACCAAUUGUUUGUGACAAGAAUUAUGCAUGACUUUGAAAGUGAUACAUUUUUUCCAGAAAUUGAUCUUAAAAAAUAUAGACUUCUACCUAAUUAUACAGGUAUCCCUGCUGAUAUUCAGGAAGAGAAUGGAAUUCAGUAUAAAUAUGAAGUUUAUGAAAAUAUCAUCUAGACCUUAUUUGAUAAGAGCAAAAUUACCCUGUAGAUCUAAAUCUAUUUGCAGAAUUUAUCAAGACUUUUGCCUGCAUUUUAUUCUCUACAAGAAGAAGAAAAAAGUGCCUUUGUGCUCAUCCUUCCCCAAUUCAUUGAAGCUAUUGUAUAAAGAAAAAACAUUUUCCCUAUAGCAGCUCUACUGACAAUAGCUGCCACUUGUAUAAGCAAAAAAAGAUUUAUUUGCAAAUAUAGCUCAGUUUAGCUGUUGAAAAUUGGAAGAGGAGCAUCUGUAUUACAUAUUUCAUGCCAGAAAGCAGGUGAAAAUCAAAAUUCUGAAGGUCGUAAGAUGUAUUUCUGAAUUAAUGUUAAUUAUUAAAAAGAUAAAAGAAGUUUCUCUUCUAUUGUUCAAUUGCAGCUCU